AUGUCCCUCCUCAGCAGCUAUGACAGCCUGCGGCAGGAGAUCCAGCGGCUGGCACAGGAGAAUGAAGAGCUGCGGCGGCUGGUGCGGCUCAUCCAGGAGAACCAGGAGCUGAAGCUGGUGCUCAGGAACCGCAGCAAGAGCCUGGGCUUCUGCAGCUCUGGGUUCCUGGCUGAGGUGACUGGUGGCCCCCGGCUGCACAGGCGGAGGACAAUCAAAUUCAAGGAUGCCGAGAGAGUUCUCCCAGGGCUACCUGCUGAAGAGCUCCUGUGGGACCCCAGACCCGCCACCAUGGGCAGCCCCAAGGGCCGCUUCCACUUUGCCAUCGACCGUGGGGGUACCUUCACAGACGUCUUUGCCCAGUGCCCAGGGGGGCACGUUCGGGUCUUAAAACUGCUCUCAGAGGACCCUGCCAACUAUGCAGACGCGCCGACUGAAGGCAUCCGCCGCAUCCUGGAGCAGGAGGCUGGCGUGCUCCUGCCCCGGGACCAGCCGCUGGACUCCAGUCACAUCGCCAGCAUCCGCAUGGGCACCACAGUGGCCACCAACGCACUGCUGGAGCGGAAGGGGGAGCGGGUGGCGCUGCUGGUGACACGUGGCUUCCGAGACCUGCUGCACAUCGGCACCCAAGCCCGCGGGGACCUCUUUGACCUGGCCGUGCCCAUGCCUGAGGUGCUGUAUGAAGAGGUACUGGAGGUAGACGAACGCGUGGUGCUGCACCGUGGAGAGGCGGGCACCGGGACGCCUGUCAAAGGCCGCACGGGGGACCUGCUGGAAGUGCAGCAGCCUGUGGACCUGGGGGCCCUGCGUGGGAAGCUGGAGGGGCUGCUGUCUCGAGGCAUCCGUAGCCUGGCCGUGGUGCUCAUGCACUCGUACACGUGGGCCCAGCAUGAGCAGCAGGUGGGUGCGCUGGCCUGGGAGCUGGGCUUCACACACGUGUCACUGUCCUCGGAGGCCAUGCCCAUGGUGCGUAUCGUCCCUCGGGGGCACACGGCCUGUGCUGACGCCUACCUCACACCCGCCAUCCAACGCUACGUUCAGGGCUUCCGCCGUGGCUUCCAGGGCCAGCUCAAGGACGUGCAGGUGUUGUUCAUGCGGUCCGACGGCGGCCUGGCACCCAUGGACGCCUUCAGCGGCUCCCGUGCUGUGCUCUCAGGCCCCGCUGGCGGCGUGGUUGGCUACUCAGCCACCACCUACCAUCAGGAGGGUGGCCAGCCUGUCAUUGGCUUCGACAUGGGAGGCACGUCCACGGAUGUGAGCCGCUACGCUGGGGAAUUCGAACACAUCUUCGAGGCCAGCACGGCUGGCAUCACCCUCCAGGCCCCGCAGCUGGACAUCAAUACCGUGGCAGCGGGUGGGGGUUCCCGCCUCUUCUUCAGGUCUGGCCUCUUCGUGGUUGGGCCCGAGUCAGCAGGAGCCCACCCAGGACCCGCCUGCUACCGCAAAGGGGGCCCUGUGACAGUGACGGAUGCUAAUCUGGUCCUGGGUCGCCUACUGCCUGCCUCCUUCCCCUGCAUUUUUGGGCCGGGAGAGGACCAACCACUUUCUCCUGAGGCCUCCCGCAAGGCCCUGGAGGCUGUGGCCACUGAAGUCAACAGCUUCCUGACGAAUGGGCCCUGCCCGGCCUCCCCGCUGAGCCUGGAGGAGGUGGCCAUGGGAUUCGUGCGUGUGGCCAAUGAGGCCAUGUGCCGACCCAUCCGUGCACUCACGCAGGCAAGAGGCCAUGACCCCUCAGCCCAUGUGCUGGCCUGCUUCGGGGGAGCUGGUGGGCAGCAUGCAUGUGCCAUCGCCCGGGCCCUGGGCAUGGACACUGUGCAUAUCCACAGGCACAGUGGGCUGCUGUCAGCACUGGGGCUGGCCCUGGCUGACGUGGUGCAAGAGGCACAGGAGCCCUGCUCCCUGCUCUACACGCCAGAGACCUACGUACAGCUGGACCAGAGGCUAAGUCGCCUGGAGGAGCAGUGUGUGGAUGCCCUGCAGGCCCAGGGCUUCCCCAGGUCCCAGAUCAGCACUGAGAGCUUCCUGCACCUGCGCUACCAAGGCACGGACUGUGCCCUGAUGGUGUCAGCCCACCAGCAUCCAGCCACAGCCUGCUCGCCCCGUGCGGGGGACUUCGGGGCAGCCUUCGUGGAGCGGUACAUGAGGGAGUUUGGCUUUGUCAUUCCUGAGCGGCCGGUAGUCGUGGACGACGUGCGAGUGAGGGGCACUGGCCGUAGUGGUCUUCGCCUCGAGGAUGCCCCCAAAGCCCAGACCGGGCCUCCCCGUGUAGACAAGAUGACCCAGUGCUACUUUGAGGGGGGCUACCAGGAGACCCCUGUGUACCUGCUGGGAGAGCUAGGCUAUGGGCACAAGCUCCAGGGGCCAUGCCUCAUCAUCGACAGUAACAGCACCAUCCUGGUGGAGCCAGGCUGCCAGGCAGAGGUGACUGAGACAGGGGACAUCCGCAUCUCUGUGGGGGCUGAAGUCCCCGGUACGGUGGGCACCCAGCUGGACCCUAUCCAGCUGUCCAUCUUCUCACACCGCUUCAUGAGCAUUGCUGAGCAGAUGGGCCGCAUCCUGCAGCGCACGGCAAUCUCCACCAACAUCAAGGAGCGCCUCGACUUCUCCUGUGCCCUCUUUGGGCCCGAUGGGGGGCUUGUGUCCAAUGCCCCCCACAUCCCUGUGCACCUGGGCGCCAUGCAGGAGACUGUGCAGUUCCAGAUCCAGCACCUGGGUGCCAACCUCCACCCUGGCGACGUGCUACUGAGCAACCAUCCCAGUGCUGGGGGCAGCCACCUGCCAGACCUAACUGUCAUCACACCGGUGUUCUGGCCGGGUCAGACGCGGCCUGUGUUCUACGUGGCCAGCCGAGGGCACCACGCAGACAUUGGGGGCAUCACACCGGGCUCCAUGCCCCCCCACUCCACCACACUGCAACAAGAGGGCGCCGUCUUUCUGUCCUUCAAACUCGUCCAGGGGGGCGUCUUCCAGGAGGAGGCGGUGACUGAGGCCCUGCGGGCGCCAGGCAAGGUCCCCAACUGUAGUGGAACCAGAAACCUGCAUGACAACCUGUCAGACCUCCGUGCCCAGGUGGCAGCCAAUCAGAAGGGCAUCCAGCUGGUGGGCGAGCUCAUUGGGCAGUACGGCCUGGACGUGGUGCAGGCCUACAUGGGCCAUAUUCAGGUGAACGCGGAGCUGGCCGUGCGUGACAUGCUGCGUGCCUUUGGAACGUCCCGGCAGGCCCAGGGCCUGCCCCUGGAGGUGUCCUCUGAAGACCACAUGGAUGAUGGUUCCCCCAUCUGCCUCCGCGUGCAGAUCAACCUGAGACAGGGCAGCGCUGUGUUUGACUUCAGCGGCACUGGCCCGGAGGUGUUUGGCAAUCUCAACGCCCCGCGGGCCAUAACCCUGUCGGCCCUCAUCUACUGCCUACGCUGUCUGGUCGGCCGCGACAUUCCGCUCAACCAGGGCUGCCUGGCGCCAGUGCGCGUGGUGAUUCCCCGAGGCUCAAUCCUGGACCCGUCGCCAGAGGCGGCCGUGGUGGGAGGCAACGUGCUCACGUCGCAGCGUGUGGUGGAUGUCAUCCUGGGGGCCUUUGGGGCCUGCGCCGCCUCCCAGGGCUGCAUGAACAACGUGACCCUGGGCAACGCGCACAUGGGCUACUACGAGACAGUGGCAGGCGGCGCGGGUGCCGGCCCCGGCUGGCAUGGGCGCAGCGGCGUGCACAGCCACAUGACCAACACGCGCAUCACCGACCCCGAGAUCCUGGAGGGCCGGUACCCGGUCAUCCUGCGCCGCUUCGAGCUGCGGCAGGGCUCUGGGGGCCGAGGCCGCUUCCGGGGCGGCGAUGGUGUCAUCCGCGAGCUGCUCUUUCGCGAGGAGGCGCUGCUGUCGGUGCUGACGGAGCGCCGGGCCUUCCAGCCAUACGGGCUCCACGGGGGCGAGCCCGGCGCCCGCGGCCUGAACCUGCUGAUCCGCAAAAACGGCCGGACGGUGAAUCUGGGCAGCAAGACGUCGGUGACCGUGUACCCUGGGGACGUGUUCUGUCUCCAUACGCCUGGCGGCGGUGGCUACGGGGACCCGGAGGACCCCGCUCCACCGCCGGGGUCCCCCCCAUUAGCGCUGGCCUUCCCGGAGCAUGGUAGCGUCUUUGAGUACCGCCGGGCCCAGGAGGCCGUGUGAGGGUCAAACUGCUCGGCGCAGUCCAGCAGCAGCGUCAGCAAUAAAGAUCCCUACUGCGCCUA